ACGGCAUUACGUUUUUCAACUCGGCCGCGCAAGUAACUCAAGCAAGGCAGCUCCCGAAGGCAGCUAGCGCUACUGAAAAACACAAGUCCCCGGCUCGCGACUAAGGCCACUCGGUGCGUGACGCGAACUGCCAAUGCAGUGUUCCCGAGAAUAAUCGCGCUUCUCCACGAAUCCUGGCAGUUCACGCCAAGUUAAAUAGUAAAUAGUGCCAGAACCGAGAGUCGAAAUAAAUGAUCUUCUAGAAGAUAAUCACACAGUGUUUCCGCCGAAAAGAGAAGAAAUCGCGAAACCGUUAGUUCCCCGCUCUCGCCUUUCCCCCUGCGCUUUUCUGCGUGAAAAGCGGGAGACACGCGAAAAAGCUUCAAACUCGCGGCACUUAAAAAUAAACACACCCGAGGAAAUUGCAACAAAAAAUGUGGCGCGUGCACGUGUAGCUUGCAACAACAACGGCGAAUCAACGAAAAUGCUAAAAGCGAAUUGCAAAACCAUGUGCGACAAGUAACCAAAAAGUACACAACUAAAUACAAUAAACAAUUUGAGUAGUUGCCGCACACACACACACACCCAGCCCGUGGAUUAUUACACUAAAGCGACACUCAAUCCAAAACCAGCCACAAAAACAGCAAUAAACAUGCACUGGAUUAAAUGUUUAUUAACAGCAUUCAUUUGCUUCACAGUCAUCGUGCAGGUUCACAGUUCCGGCAGCUUUGAGCUGCGACUGAGGUACUUCAGCAACGAUCACGGGCGGGACAACGAGGGCCGCUGCUGCAGCGGCGAGUCGGACGGGGCGACGGGCAAGUGCCUGGGCAGCUGCAAGACGCGGUUUCGCGUCUGCCUGAAGCACUACCAGGCCACCAUCGACACCACCUCGCAGUGCACCUACGGGGACGUGGUCACGCCCAUUCUCGGCGAGAACUCGGUCAACCUGACCGACGCGCAGCGCUUCCAGAACAAGGGCUUCACGAACCCCAUCCAGUUCCCCUUCUCCUUCUCAUGGCCGGGCACCUUCUCGCUGAUCGUCGAGGCCUGGCAUGACACGAACAACAGCGGCAAUGCGCGCACCAACAAUCUCCUCAUCCAGCGACUCUUGGUGCAGCAGGUACUGGAGGUGUCCUCCGAGUGGAAGACCAACAAGUCGGAGUCGCAGUACACCUCGCUGGAGUACGAUUUCCGAGUCACCUGCGACGCCAACUACUACGGAUCCGGCUGUGCCAAGUUCUGCCGACCCAGGGACGAUUCGUUCGGACACUCCACCUGCUCGGAGACGGGCGAAAUUAUCUGUUUGACCGGAUGGCAGGGCGAUUACUGUCACAUACCCAAAUGCGCCAAAGGCUGUGAGCAUGGACACUGCGAGAAACCCAAUCAAUGCGUUUGUCAACUGGGUUGGAAGGGAGCUCUGUGCAACGAGUGUGUUCUGGAACCAAACUGCAUUCAUGGCACCUGCAACAAGCCCUGGACUUGCAUUUGCAACGAAGGAUGGGGUGGCCUGUACUGCAACCAGGAUCUUAACUACUGCACCAACCACCGACCCUGCAAGAAUGGCGGAACCUGCUUCAAUACCGGCGAGGGAUUGUACACCUGCAAGUGCGCUCCGGGCUUCAGUGGCGAUGAUUGCGAAACUGAGAUUUACUCCUGCGAUGCCGAUGUCAAUCCCUGCCAGAAUGGCGGAACCUGUAUCGAUGAGCCGCCAACGAAAACCGGGUACAAGUGCCAUUGUCCCAGCGGUUGGAGCGGAAAAAUGUGCGAGGAGAAAGUGCUUACCUGUGCGGAUAAGCCAUGCCUACAGGGCAUCUGCCGCAACGUUCGUCCCGGUUUGGGCAGCAAAGGGCAGGGCUACCAGUGCGAAUGCCCCAUCGGCUACAGUGGACCCACUUGUGAACUCCAGCUGGACAACUGCAGCCCGAAUCCCUGCAUAAACGGAGGAAGCUGUCAGCCCAACGGAAGGUGUAUUUGCCCAGCCGGUUUCACGGGAUCCAAGUGCGAGACGAACAUUGACGACUGCCUGGGUCACCAGUGCGAAAAUGGCGGCACCUGCAUAGAUCUGGUCAAUCAAUAUCGCUGCCAAUGUGUCCCCGGGUUCCACGGUACUCACUGCGCCAGCAAAGUUGACUUGUGCCUCAUCAGACCGUGUGCCAAUGGCGGAACCUGCUUGAAUCUGAACAACGACUAUCAGUGCACCUGCCGGGCGGGAUUCACUGGCAAGGAUUGCUCCGUGGACAUCGAUGAGUGCAGCAGUACACCCUGUCACAAUGGAGGCACCUGCAUGAACCGUGUCAACUCCUUCGAAUGCGUCUGCGCCAACGGUUUCCGGGGCAAGCAGUGCGACGAGGAGUCCUAUGCUUCGGUGACCUUCGAUGCCCACCAAUAUGGAGCCACCACGCAGGCGAGAGCCGAUGGUCUGACGAAUGCCCAGGUGGUGCUCAUAGCUGUCUUCUCGGUGGCGAUGCCUUUGGUGGCAGUGAUUGCGGCCUGUGUUGUGUUCUGCAUGAAGCGGAAGCGUAAGCGCGCCCAGGAAAAGGACGAUGCGGAGGCCAGGAAGCAGAACGAACAGAAUGCGGUGGCCACCAUGCAUCACAAUGGCAGUGCUGUGGGCGUGGCACUGGCUUCGGCCUCUCUGGGCGGCAAAACCGGCAGCAACAGCGGACUCACCUUCGAUGGCGGCAACCCGAACAUAAUCAAAAACACCUGGGACAAGUCGGUCAACAACAUUUGCGCCUCGGCGGCAGCGGCAGCGGCGGCGGCAGCAGCGGCGGACGAGUGCCUCAUGUACGGCGGAUAUGUGGGCUCGGUGGCAGACAACAACAAUGCCAACUCAGACUUUUGUGUGGCUCCGCUGCAGCGGGCCAAGUCGCAGAAGCAACUGAACACCGAUCCCACGCUCAUGCACCGCGGGUCACCGGCAGGCAGCUCCGCUAAGGGAGCGUCAGGCGGAGCACCGGGUGCGGUGGAGGGCAAGAGGAUCUCCGUCCUCGGCGAGGGAUCCUACUGCAGCCAGCGCUGGCCUUCGUUGGCGGCUGCGGGCGUGGCGGGAGCCUGCUCCUCUCAACUGAUGGCCGCCGCUUCGGCAGCGGGCAGCGGAGCGGGGACAGCGCAACAGCAGCGCUCCGUGGUCUGCGGCACUCCGCACAUGUAACUCCAAAAAUCCGUUUGGGUUCCUGGGAAAUCCGGAGAGAUCCGCAUGGAGGAGCUAACAGCACACACACAAAGAAAAGACUGGGUUGGGUUCGAAAUGUGAGAGAGACGCCAAAAUGUUGUUGUUGAUUGAAGCAGUUUAGUCGUCACGAAAAAAUGAAAAAUCUGUAACAGGCAUAACUCAUAAACUACCCUUACAUUUUUUAUAGUAAUUAGCAAAACUGUCCCGUAGCCAUUUCGAUCGUUUGAGCAUUUUUUUUAGAUUUUACAAAUUCAAUCUUAGGAAUUAUUAAAUUAAAAAGUAUACAUUUUGAGUAUACAUUUUAAAAUAUGGAAAGCUAUUAACGGAACACGACCGACACAGCUAACUGGGAACAGUUUUUGCAACCUUUUCUAAUCCAAUGGACUGACCUAAGCCUAAAGUUCUGUACCAUAAAGUAAACCUUUCAAAAUUAAAACCCCUUUGUUUUGACACCCCCGUAGCCCUCAAAAGAAAAAUUACUUGACCAAUUGCUUGCUAGAAUUUAGACCACGACCAAGACCAAGAACCACUGGACGACAGAGUCGAAGAGACGACUCUCCACACGUUUUGACGUUUUGCAUGUUACUGAAAAAUCUGCUUCAAUUUAAUCUAUUUUUUCACUUAGUUCAGUUUAAAUUGUAAAUAUUAAUGGUAGCCGUAGCCUACGCGUAAAUGUAAACUAAUGAUAAAACGAUUGAAAAGAAACCUCCUCAUUGACGCCGCCCGAACUGAGGCUGCUUUUCUAUGCAAGGCAGUCGGUCGAAUCGGGCGAUUUGUAUAUAGUAUUCGUAGGUCACAUCGAUAUACGACAUGAAUAAGAGAAAAAGAUGAAAAGCCACACAAAAAAACUACAUAAAUUGACACUAUCUCGACUAUUUAGUUUCUAACUAUGUAUAUGUAAAUGUAGCGAACGAAGAGAAAACUAAACUUAAAUCGACUCUAGCUUAAUGUUAAUUUAAAGACCCACACAAACAAACAAACAAACAUGCGAAGACAAGCAAAACAUUUAGUGAUUCUAUUUUAAGUACUUCUACUUUGCCUGCCCUACCAACCAAUUAUUUUUUUUCGAUUUUUAAACUUAUUAUUUUAAUCUUUAUUUUUUAUACUUGUCCAUCUAUAUUAUUUUUUGGUCUAUUCCGAUUUGGAGCAUUUAUCAGCGAUGAAGUCAAUAAUAUUUGUAGUUAGCGCCUAACUGUAACGAAAUGUAUUGAAUUUAUAAAUUGUAAGUCGAAAGCAAACAAAUUUCAUGGAAACUCAAAAAACUGAAUUGGAACAAAGAAAAUAGAAACAAAAAGUGAAUGAAAUAUACAAACAAAAUAUACAAACACAAAACAAAUGAAAAUUCGUGUUUUUUCAAAGUC